GUCCAAAACACACGCAUUAUAGUCUCCAAAAACGCGUAUGGAUUCAGUGUGUUUAUCUCUGUCGUUCCCGCCGUCUCUCUCUCUCUCUUCAUAACUCUCUCUCUCUCUCUCUAUCUCUAAAAACUCAGAGAGGAAGCAAAACCCAGCAAGCAAAAACAGAGUAUUUUUGAAAGAACAAGUUGAACCAGAAGAAAAAGAAAGAGUCUUUGUUGCUCUCUCAUUCUAUAAUGGCAAAGUCAAAGUGCAGCAGCAACAGGAAGGUCUCUUACAUUUCAGUCCCAUCACAGAUAAUCAACUCUUUGUCAGCCACUUCUCUUCAAUCCCUCCUUCUCUCACCCAAGAAGUCCUCCAAGCAACACUUGAGGUUCUUCAGCUACAAAAGCCCAAGGCUAUGGUUUUUCCUUCUCUUUCUCUUUGGCUUCAUUGGCAUGUUGAAGCUGGGCUACAAUCUAGACCCUGUGAUCCCAUUUCAUCCAUAUCCAUGUGCUACAAAUGAAGCAAAGGACUUAAAAUCAAAUGGGUAUUCAAAGCCUGAGCUGGCUGUUGCAUCUGGAGGAAAUGUUGAGAAAGUUGAGAUUUUGAAUGGUAUUAGUGAAUCUCAGCCGUUGAUUUCAAAUAGGUCUGCAAAAUCUGAGGUGGGUAUUGGUCCAGACAGUGAGAGUGAGUUUUGGAAGCAGCCAGAUGGGUUGGGGUACAAGCCUUGCUUGGUGUUCAGCAGGGAUUAUAGAAGAGCAAGUGAGGGGCUUGUGAAGGACAGGUCAAAGUAUCUAAUGGUGGUGGUUUCUGGUGGGAUGAAUCAGCAGAGGAAUCAGAUAGUGGAUGCUGUGGUCAUUGCUAGGAUUCUUGGGGCUGCUUUGGUUGUUCCCAUCUUGCAAGUCAAUAUCAUUUGGGGUGAUGAAAGUGAAUUUUCUGAUAUAUUUGAUUUGGAGCACUUCAAGAGAGUUCUUGCUGAUGAUGUGCGAAUUUUAUCGGCAUUGCCAUCAACACAUCUGAUGACAAAGCCGGUCGAGAGUAGUCCUCUACCUCAUGCCACACCACAAUGGAUCCGUGGACAUUAUCUCAGACGGUUUAACAGAGAAGGGGUUCUGCUGUUACGUAGCUUGGAUUCAAGGCUUACUAAGGAUCUUCCUUCUGAUCUGCAGAAGCUUAAAUGCAAGGUUGCUUUUCAUGCAUUGAGGUUUGCCCCACCAAUUUUGGAACUUGGUAACAAGCUCGCAGAGAGGAUGCGAAGCAAGGGACCCUACCUUGCUCUUCAUUUAAGGAUGGAGAAAGAUGUAUGGGUUAGAACUGGUUGCCUUCCUGGUUUGAGCCAUGAGUACGAUGAGAUAGUGAACAAUGAAAGGAAACAACGUCCAGAGCUCCUAACUGCAAAAUCAAAAAUGACCUACCAUGAGCGGAAGCUUGCAGGUCUCUGCCCCUUGAAUGCCUUGGAGGUAACCAGGCUGCUUAAAGCUCUUGGAGCCCCAAAAAAUGCAAGGAUAUACUGGGCUGGAGGGCAGCCAUUGGGUGGGAAAGAAGCCUUGCUACCAUUAACCCAAGAGUUUCCUUAUUUUUAUAAUAAGGAAGACCUUGCCUUGCCUGGUGAACUAGAACCAUUUGCAAAUCGGGCAUCUCUUAUGGCUGCCAUUGAUUAUAUAGUCUCAGAGAACAGUGAUGUUUUCAUGCCAUCUCAUGGAGGGAACAUGGGCCAUGCCAUCCAGGGACACCGGGCCUUUGCAGGACACAAGAAGCAUAUAACCCCAAACAAAAGACAGAUGCCCACUUACUUUUUGAACUCUUCUUUACCAGAAGCAGAAUUCAACAGCAUCAUAAAGGAAUUACACAAUGAAUCCUUAGGGCAGCCAGAGCUCAGGACUAAUAAAGCGGGAAGGGAUGUUACGAAGUAUCCUGUCCCUGAGUGUAUGUGCAAUGAUUCACAUACUCAUACCAACUAGUGAUUUCAUGCAGAAUGCUUCCACAUGAUUACACUGCAACCAAUCCCUUCAUCGAAAGAUCAAAACUUUUUGGAAAAUCUAUUGAAUUUGAGCCCUCUGAAAACCAGCUGUGACGCCUUUUGGGGCAACAAUGGUUUGUUGGAGCGCUAUAUUUGAAGAAAAACUUAAGUUGGCACAGUUGGCAACUACACUCACAAUGAUUCCUGCAUUGAGAUUUUGAGGCAAGAUACAUGGCCAAGUAUGACAAAAACAGUAUAUGAUACCGUAUCAUUUUUUGAUUCUUUACAGGAAGAGUUCUUUUAGGAUAUAUAACAUUUCAUUCUUUGUAUUAUAUCUAUGUAUUAUAGAUCCAUACGUGUAAAUCUGUAUAAAUAGCCAUACAAGCACUUCUAAUAAUAAUUUAUUACAUCUAUCUUUGCAA